CUGCUUCUCGGGAGGUCUCUCUUGCAAACUGGGGGUUGAUAAUACCGUACACGGGUCGGACCCCUUCAGUGUUUGUCCAUAGUCCUCACUGUAAAGUCAAGAGUAACGCUCGAGAUUUUUUCAUUUUUGAAUUGUUACUGUCGGUUUAUGAAGAGAAUUAUUUUUUCAACGGCUUUUUUCUUUAUUUUUGGCGAAAGGAGGAGGUUGCUAUCAAUUGGGUCACGUAUGAUAUUUUCGUCAACACCGAACAGUGACAAUAGAAAUGGCGCGAAAUAACAGUGAUGACUUCGUUUAUUCGAAAAAGUAGAGAAUUUAUCGAUUGAAAAGAUUGUUUUUCGCUGACGUUUAUGAGAUUGAGGGUAUCAGGAUGCUGUUCAAGGGGAAUAGCUCCAGGCUGGAGUUUCUAAUCGAGAAGAUACAAGCGCAUAAAGAAUCACCUUCACCUUUGCCCGAGAAGUGCAACGUGAAAUUAAAAGAUGGAUUAUUAAGUGGCAGUUACUCCUGGCGAAGUGAAGAAGACAGUUUGACCUGUCAACGAGGUGGUGGCACCCCGUCAUCAUGUGCAACCUCCACAUCCCAAAGUUUUCCCUCAGAAACUGAAAUCGAUGGAGAAUUGCGAAUAAAUGUUGAUUCCCAUAACUCAUCAGGUCCAUACUCAUGUCAAUUCUGCGUUAAAACGUUUCCCAGUUUGAGUUGUUUGAAGAAACACGAGCAGACCCAUGGCGAUCAGAUGCCAUACAGAUGCAGUUGGUGCGCAAGAUUGUUUAAACACAAACGAAGUAGAGAUCGCCACGUGAAACUACACACUGGGGACAGAAGAUACCGUUGUAUCCACUGUGAAGCAGCAUUUUCACGAAGCGAUCAUUUGAAGAUUCACAUGAAAACCCACGACAAUCAGAAGCCAUACCACUGCACCGAAUGUUCCCGCGGCUACAACACAGCAGCAGCGUUAACCUCCCACAUGCAGUCCCACAAGAGGCUCUUAAGCACCCCGCACUACCAGCGCUCUCUCUCGACGACCUCCCCCCCAGUGCUGGCCUCCCCGGAGCUCCAACAAAAUCUGCAGUAUGCCUCCCCACUGCACCUGACCUGCAUGUACUGCAGGGAUACCUUCUCCACGAUGGAUCAGCUCCAGUUACACAUCCAGACCGCCCACGAGACUCUUCUUCCGCUUCCUAGUCCCUCCUCCUCCCCCCCAGACCCAGCUGAUUGUCGAAGGUUUAGAAACAGAGCAACAGACCUGGAAGACCUGACCUGCAGGAGGUGUUCUGCCAAGUUCAACAAGCUGUCAUCCCUCCGAGAGCAUCUGGUGUCAGCUCACAACGACGGAUUUCCGGUCUUGACCUGUCCUCUAUGCUUCAAGCCUUGUUCAUCAACGACGGUAUAUGCCGAACACUACGUCCUCGAGCACUGUGAAAACAAGAACAUGCUUCUUCGCUCGAAGAACUCAGAAGCAGAAAAUUUCUACGAAUCUCCGAAGAUGCCGAGCUACUCAUCAGGCACACUCCUCUGUGGUCAAUGUGGCGCAGCCUUGAAAGACUUUGAAUCUUUCAGAUCGCACUUAGCCAGACAUCUCCAUGCUAAUCAGCAAGCAGCAGCUGAGGUUAGCUGUCCCAAAUGUGAGCUCAAGUUUCAGGAGCGAGAAGACAUGCUGCUGCACCUGAUGAAGCACUUUAUGGGACAAAUUUUGAAGAAGUUCAAUUGCGAUUCCUGCGACGAGCUCUUCGGGGACUCUGAGUCACUCCAGAAGCACCUGUUGGACGCGCAUGCUCAUCAGUUAUACAGAUGCGGGAUCUGCAGGGACACGUUCGAUUCAAUCGUCGGAAUCCAGGUGCAUUUCACCCUCAAGCAUUCGCAGGAAGCCAAUGUCUACCCCUGCAGCGCCUGCAGAGGGACUGGACUGGAGCAUAGUGAGUGGUUCAGAACCCCUGGAGAUCUCCUUGAUCAUGUGAGGAACGUCCAUGUACCAGAUCUGAAUUCCCCUGGCAACUCGGUCUCAACUCCUAGAGUCAUUGGGGAGUUCUUCAGAUGUUGCUUCUGUGGAAUAUUCUGCUCUUCAGAUAACGAUCUUCAACAUCAUCUUGCCAGUCACUCCACAUGCGUGUUUCGGUGCCCUAUCUGCAGGGAAGGAUUCCCCGUCGAAUUCCUCCUCGACAGGCACAUGGCGAAUGCGCACAAUUUGACUGACAGGGCAGAUGACUCGGAAGAGAAAAACUCUUUAAAAAGGAGGAGGUCUCCAGAUUUCAACAGCAAUGGCAACCACCAUAACAAUUCCUUUAGUAAUUCAACAAUACCACCAAUGAGGACUCAACAAUGUGAACUCUGUGACAGAUCAGACUUCUCAAACGAUUCCGAGCUCAAGGCUCACAAGAAGCUAGCUCACAAGACCAUUUCCACAAAAAUUCAGAAACUGUCAGCUUCUUUCGUCUGCAGCUACUGCGGAGAGGGUCUUCGCUCCCGCUUGGAGCUGGAGUCGCAUACCAGGGUUCAUCAUGCUCCUGUUGAUCCCGGAAAAAGAUACAAGUGCAAUAUCUGUGAUGAAGUUUUCUCGUCCGGAAGUUUUCUCGCCGAGCACAAGCUCCAGAAGCACUGCAAGAUUCAGAUGAGUGAUGUUUGUGUCGUCUGCAGGGCUUCGCUGGCCAGUGAGAGGGACUUUCUCGAGCAUAUUCACAAACAUAGUUUGGAGGGGGUCGAGGGGAGGGAAGGCAUUGUGAGCCAUGUACCAGCUCACUGCGUUGUUUGCAGGCAGACGCUUAUUAGUGAGUUUGAAUGUCAACUUCAUGCCAAGUUUCAUCUGAGGAGCGAAGAGGAAGAGCGGAUGGUCGGGGAGGUCGGGAGGUGUUGUAUUUGUCUGAGGGCAAUGGGGGAGGAGGAGAGGGUCAGUCUGCCGUCGAAGGAGGUGGGGGGUAAGACGGGCCUGAAGGUUUGUAAGACGUGCUUUCUGAGGCACUCACAGGGGCUGCCGAUUUUGACGAGUCCUUAUGAGGUCUGCAAGGAGGAGGGAGAAAGGGUGGGGGUCAAGGAGGAGGAAGACAACUGUAGUUCAAAGGAACAAACUGAUUCAACCCGUCCGUACGACUGUCCACACUGCAGUCUAAGGUUCACCUUUAGAAAUGAACUGGAGCAUCAUGUUUCAACGCAUGAUGAUAAAGAUACAUCAAAAGACACUGUAGACAAUAUCAUUGUCAAAGAGGAGAUUGUUGUGAAUACUGGGGGAGAUCAAAGUGAGGAGAGGAGUGAGCACUUAGGGGAGGGGAGUGACUCUUCUGUGAACGAUAAAGUUGACUAGUUUUUAGUGUGUUGAGAGACAGAGAGAGAAUGAGGGGUAGGGGGGGGGGAGUAGCUCAAAGUUAUUGUUUUGGGAACAGAAGAAUGUGCAAUCGAUCGAGGCAAAAUAUAUAUUUUUUAUGAAGGAAUCCUCGGGCUCGAUACAUCUUCAUUCUUUAUUCCCUUCAUUAUUCUAUUGGUUAUCGAUAUUUUAUAGAGUGAGAGUAGACAAAGUCGCGUAAUUUUGUAAUAACUGUCAAUCACUAGAGAACGCUUCCGUCUAAUUGCAUAUCAUGAGCU